AUAAGAAGUGAAAUGAAAUGCAGAGAAAUACGUUUUCUGGUUUUUUAUUUCCUGCAAUUGGAUUCCCAUAAGAAAUAUUAUUCCGGUAUUUCGUAACUGAGAGUAGCGAUGGAGACGAGAACGCCAAGAGAGCAUAUUGAGUAUAUUAGGAGAGAGACAUUCUCGAUCGGAGGAAAGCCAAAUCCUCUAGCGGGAGCUUUACAUCAGGCCGUUAAUUAUCUGUCCACCGAGCUGUAUACUAAAGACGUUCAUUUCCUCAUGGAGCUCAUUCAGAAUGCGGAAGAUAAUGAGUACUUGACUGGCGUGGAUCCAUCGCUGGAGUUUGUCAUCACAUCAAAAGACAUCACUGAAACCGGCGCCGACUCCACUCUACUUCUAUUCAACAAUGAAAGAGGCUUCUCCGAGAAGAACAUCGACUCCAUAUGCAACGUUGGAGGAUCCACAAAGAAAGGGAAGAGGCAACGUGGAUACAUUGGAGAGAAAGGUAUCGGAUUCAAGAGCGUAUUCCUCAUUACGAGCCAGCCUUAUAUUUUCAGCAGUGGGUAUCAGAUAAGGUUUAAUGAAGAGGCACAUCCAGACUGCAAUCUCGGAUACAUUGUCCCUGAGUGGGUGGACGAGAACCCAACUCUCUCUGACAUACAAAAAAUUUAUGGCACCGAUAAAAUCCUUCCGACGACGAUUAUAGUCCUGCCAUUGAAGUCUGAAAAGGUAACAGCUGUGAAGCAACAACUAUCGAGCAUGCACCCUGAGGUCCUGUUGUUUCUUUCGAAAAUCAAGCAACUUAGUGUCAGGGAAGAAAAUGACGAUGCUCGGCUCAAUACAGUUAGUGCCAUCUCUAUUUCGAGUGAAAUCAACUUCAAGAGGAUGAAGAACAUCGAUGCAGAGUCCUACACUCUCCAUCUAUCAGCUGAAGAGCACUGCAAAGGGGAAGAGAACCAAUGCAUUUACCAUAUGUGGAAGCAAAGAUUCCCAGUUAAAUUGGAAAACCAAAUAGAAAAGAGAAAGGAAGUUGAGGAAUGGGUGAUCACACUAGCUUUUCCCUUUGGGGAACGUCUUGAUCGAGGAAUGGGAACACCUGGAAUUUAUGCAUUUCUGCCAACAGAGAUGAUCACGAGCUUUCCAUUCAUAAUUCAGGCGGAUUUCAUUCUAGCAUCAUCAAGAGAAACCAUACUCUUGGAUAAUGUGUGGAACAAAGGCAUUCUCGAUUGCGUGUCCUCUGCUUUCAUCAAUGCUUUCGUCUCUCUUGUGAAAGAAACAGGCAGUGCACCCACAUCCUCCCUCCCUCCAAUGUUCAAGUUCUUGCCUGUAAAAACCUCUUCAUUCAAGGAGCUGAACAUCGUGCGAGAGGCAAUAAGAGUGAAGGUUGUCGCGGAGAAUAUCAUACUAUGCGAGUCGUUCGCAGAGCAAAAGCUAUUCUGCAAGCCCAGUGAUGUGGGCCGGCUAAUGCCUGAAUUUUGGGAUAUCUUGAUCAAGGCAAAGGAGCAAGGUGUGAGCUUCCAGAAUCUUAUAUCCCAUGGGACCUACAUUCUAAAUUCAUCAUUUGAUGAUGCCAAAUUCGACGAUGUCCUGGGUUUCUUGGGUGUGGGGCCCAUCGACAAUGAAUGUUAUGCGAAAUGCAUCCAGAGCUCGAAUUUAGUACUGGGUGUUUCCGAAGAUCUUUAUAUGGAGCUGCUAUCCUUUUUCGCGGACAAUUGGAAGAUUUUUGGGAAGACUGAUAUCAAGAACAUACCCCUUUUGAAAUACAUUGAUCGGAACUGCAAUCAAUCCUUGUCAAGCAUCAACAAUGCAACCAAUAUGAAUGGUAACACGAUAUGCUUUUCAUCCAAUGCCAAUCAUGUUUUGUGGCUUAUCAAUUGGAACCAUGAAUUCCGAUGUGCCACAGACCGCUUCUUCUUCCCGGAAGGCACGCAGAAGGCUUGCAGAUUGUCUCCAAAGAGGGAAACAAUAGGGGAAUGGCUUUGUCAGUACGCUGGAGUGGGAUUUCUGACUUUAUUUGAAUACGGUGAUCUUCUUGCCAAUGCAGUGAAGAAUGAUAGAAAGCUUGUCAUAGCUUUCACCCACUUCUUAUAUCACUCCCUCUCAGAGAAAUACUUGUCAGAUCGUAAAGUCUCUAAGCUGUGCCAUAAAAUGCCGCUUGUAGAUAACUACGGUCAGGUGACUACACAAUGGAGACGGGUCCUCGUCCCUGCCAAUGGCAGCAAGUGGGCAGGAUUGUUGGGUUCGAACCCAUGGAGAGGAGAGAACUAUGUCGAACUGAGUGAAGAUUAUCUCCAGGAGGGCUAUUUCGUGGGUUUGCAUUCAUCCAAGAAACAGCUGAUGAAGUUCAUGGAGGUUUACAUUGAAGCUUCUGAUGUACCCAGUCUAUUUCCUCCUAAUGCUGCCUUUCCAACUCUGUCAUCUUCAUUGACGAAGGAAAAUACGUUUCUUCUCUUGGAAUGGAUUCAGAAUUUGAGAUCUAAGGGGGUGCAGAUUCCUGGCAGGUUCUUGCGAUGCAUCAAGAAAGGGAGAUGGCUGAAGACAUCUGUCGGUUACAAGCCUCCCUCGGAGACAUUCCUCUCAAGCUCUGACUGGGGAAGCCUACUUCAGAUGGGGUCCAUGAUGGUAGAUAUCCCCUUGAUCGACCAGGAAUUCUACGACUACAGGAUCAGUUUCUACAAGGAAGAGCUGAAAACAAUGGGGGUGAUGUUCGAGUAUGGGGCAGCAUGCCAGUUCAUCAGCAACCGGCUCAUGAAGCUUGCCAAUUCCAUGAGGCUAAAUAGACUGAACAUGCUAUCGAUGUUGCAGUUGAUAAAAUUCAUGCAGGAGAAGUACCUGUUAAUGGAGGAAUUCAUCAAGAGUGUCAAAUGCAGGAGUUGGCUAAGGACCACUCAUGGCAACAGAUCUCCAGUAGGGUCCAUUUUAUAUGGGCCUGAGUGGAAAGCCGUGUUGGAGAUCAGCAAUCCACCCUUCAUCGACAAAGAAUACUAUGGCGAGGACAUACUCUUGUAUAAAGCAGAGCUUCAGCUGCUUGGUGUUGUAGUUGGCUUUGAUGUGAAUUGCCGCAUCAACAUUGUGGUCAACCACUUCAAAUUGCCUGUCUCUUUAACUUCUCUGUCAGCGGAUAGCGUUCUUUUGAUAUUGGAGUGCAUUCGAAAUUCGGGAUUGUCCAAACAGAUCACAAAGAAGCUUAAAAAUCAGAGAUGGGUAAAGACCAAUCUCGGUUACCAGUCACCAGCCAACUCUUUCUUGUUUGAUCCCGAAUGGGGAUGCCUUAUGAAGGUUGUCAAUGGAAUGCCAUUGAUUGAUGAACAAUUCUAUGGGAGCGGGAUCCACUCAUACAAGGAUGAGUUGAAAGCAGUUGGGGUAUUUGUAACGCUACAAGAAGUGUCUAAGGCAGUCACUCUUCGUUUCAAAAAGCUUGCUAAGACGUCUUCUGUUAAAAAAGAAAAUGUGCUUGCAUUGCUAGCAUGUUACCGACACCUAAAGGAAGCAAAAUGUAGAUUCCCUGAAGAGCUAUUCAACUGCAUACUCAAAGAAAAAUGGCUGCAGACCCGUUCCCUUGGCUUCCGAUCUCCAAAGGAAACGAUACUGUUUGAUUCAGAAUGGGAAUCUAUCUGUCCGAUCACGAACCUCCCUUUCAUCGAUGACAGCAAGGCAUGCUAUGGAAAAGACAUCCAUGGAUACAGAAAUGAGUUGGAGGAUUUUGGCGCUGUAGUCAAAUUCGAAGACGGGUCGAGGUUUGUAGCUGCCUAUCUUAGUAUUCAAAACCCGAGCAGAGUAACUUCAGCAAGCAUGCUGUCACAGCUGAAAUGCAUUCAAUACUUACAGAAGCAGAGCAAUGCCUUACCAGAGGAAUUCAUGCGACAGAUCAAGAAGGAGUGGCUGAAGACGCAUAUGGGUUAUCAAUCGCUGAGCAAAUGUAUGCUGUUCGAUUCGAAUUGGGGUUCUCUAGAACGCGAAGAUGGGCCAUUCAUUGAUGAAGCUUUUUAUGGGACUGAAAUUGCAUCAUAUCGAAAAGAGCUCAAUGCGAUUGGAGUGACUGUGGAUGCUGAAAGUUGUUGCCCAUUGCUCGCAGGCCACCUCAGUUGCCAUUCUCAAUCUACAGUCAUAACUAGAGUCUAUGAGUAUUUGAGCAGAUUCAACUGGGUCCCAGACAAUAAGGAAGCUAGCUGGAUUUGGAUACCGAACGGAAGCGCUAAGGGCGAAUGGGUGGAUCCGAAAGGCUGUGUCAUUCAUGACAAGGAUAAUCUCUUCGGCUCACAGUUGAAGGUUUUGGACAAGUAUUACAAAAAAGAUAUACUUGGCUUCUUCUCCAUGACGCUCGGAGUAAGCUCAAAUCCAACUAUCGAAGAUUACUGCAGUCUGUGGAGUGAUUGGGAAAAAACUGACCACAAAAUGGUGUAUGAGGAGUGCUAUUCUUUCUGGGAAUUUGUGGCGAAGCAUUGGAAUUCAAAGGUGGAGAAGCUUCUCUUGAGCAGUAUCUCGAAGGUGCCCGUGAAGAUGGCUUCCGAAGGAUUCCGACUAGUUGACAAGCGAGAUGUUUUCAUCCCUGACGACCUGCAAUUGAAAGAUCUUUUCGAGAAGGCUUCUCAAGAACCAAUAUUUGUCUGGUAUCCACAACAGAGCUUGCCUUAUCUGUCUCGCUAUAUGUUCAAUAAGAUCUACAGCAGCAUCGGUGUCCAAACCAUUUCUGGAUCCGUUCGAAAGGAUGAAUCUUCAGCUUCAAACAAUAUCAAAUUUGAGAAGUUAGAUCCGAAAUAUCAGAUGCUCCAGAACGGUUUGUUCCGAAUUGCACUCGGGUUUCUCUCGAAUCCUUCAUUUGAGAUGCCCUUGGAGGCGAGGCAUCAUACAGUGAAAAACCUUCUCGGCGUCAAACUGUUUGUUUCGGACGAACCCAUUACAGUAAGCUACAAUCUGACACUGUCUUCAGGAAAGAUCAUCAAAACAAAAGCUGCACGAAUGAUUCGUUGGGACAGAGAGGAUUCAAAGCUGUUCAUUCAGAAGACAGAUAAAUCGUCCGGUAACAAAUCCCGCAUGGAAUUCGCGACGUAUUUCUCUGAAGUGAUAGCUGAAGGGCUGUUAUGGGAGGAGCCUGAUCGAAUUGCAGGCCUCCGCAAGCUUAUCAAGAUUGGGUGCUUGUUGGAAUUCAAGGAGGCGGCGGUCGACUUCUUGCUGAAGACUAAGAAUCUGCAGGUUUUCAUGGAGGAUGAGGAGUUCCUCAAGUCAGAAUUCUUAUCUGCAUAGAGACUUAUGAAUCAUGGACAAAGAUGAGUAGUAUUCCGGUACAAAUUCUUCCUACCUUGUUAAGGUGCAAGUCCAUGUGGGGCCCACUUAUAGCAGUGGACCAUUGGGAUGAAGGGGUCCAUAAGUGCAAGUUUGUGCUGGACCAUUGUAAUUUCUAUUAUUGCUGAUGGGCAGUGGUUCCUGGGCUUUUGGGUUGGUAAUUACUUAGGCGGGGUUUGACACACUUUUGAGUCUCCCUGGAUGAGCUUGGGCCUGAUUAUAAAUGUCUAUUCAUUCACCACUGUGGUGUGGUCCACCUAAAAUUUGUAUUUGUUUCAUUUUUGGGGUUAGCUCAUAAAAUGAGCUGACAAAAUAAAUGGAUGGUCUAGACAUAUAAUGCAUUCAUAGAACUAAGCUUUACAAUCAAGGUACCACCCACAUUGCUAGUCCAAGGUCACAGCGUAAGUAGCAGCCGCCCAAUUGACUAUGGUUCUUGCGUUUAAUUUUUCGAUGGUAAAAUUGUAAUAUGAUGAUAUUUUUAUAUUACUUCAAUGUCAAAUUAUCAUU